AUGGAGGAGCAGAGGGAACGUGCGUACAAGGCGGUUGCCUAUGCAGCCGUCACCUUCUCCUUAAUCUCCAUUUUAUCUGUAUGCAUCACCAUGCCGAUCGUCUACAGUUUCGUGGAUCACAUACAGCAGCAGACACGCAAGGAUCUUCAGUUCUGCAAAUCCUCUGCGAGAGACAUCAUGUCGGAAGUAGCCAAGAAACAGCCGGUGACAUUUGCAGCUGCAGCAACAAAUAGAACGAGGAGGCAAGUCGGAGCAUGCGAUAGCUGCUGUAGACCUGGGCAUGCCGGGCGACCAGGACCACCAGGCGCAAACGGAAAGCCAGGAACACCGGGAGCUCCAGGACGGCCUGGAGCACCUGGACGGCCGCCAAUAGUUUGUGAAGAGGUCGAUAUUCCACCAUGCAAUCCAUGCCCGCCAGGACCUCCAGGCCCACCUGGACCUAGUGGCGCCCCAGGAAAUCCUGGAAGAGCCGGACCACCAGGCAGGCCAGGAAAUAAUGGUAAUGCUGGACCCCCAGGACCUGCUGGACCGCCAGGACCUCCAGGACAACCAGGCGCUGACGGCGAAAGAGGCGAACCAGGAAGGCCAGCGUCCAGACCACCUGGCUUGCCAGGACCAGAUGGUAACCCGGGACGUGAUGGACAGCCGGGAAGUCCAGGACCAAAUGGACCACCUGGUCCGCCAGGGCCACCUGGAAAUGCUGGUGCGAAUGGAGAGCCGGGUGCACCCGGUCAACCAGGACCACAGGGAGAACGGGGUAUCUGUCCGAAAUACUGUGCACUGGAUGGUGGUGUAUUCUUCGAAGACGGAACACGAAGAUGA